AUGCCUCCUCCGGCAUGUCAAGAAUUCCAAAUCGGAUGGAUUUGUGCCUUGCCAAUUGAGGUUGCUGCAGCUAAAGAGAUGCUGGACGAGAAUUUCGGGAUAUUGGAUGAACAAGACAGCAAUGAUACAAACUCAUAUACCUUGGGGCGAAUUGGAAAACACUACGUUGCAAUAGCCGGCCUUGGUCAAUAUGGAACAACUUCAGCAACAACGGUGGCAAUCAAUAUGACGCGAACAUUUUCUCAAUCACUCCGUAUUGGAUUGAUGGUCGGCAUUGCAGCAGGCAUUCCGUCUCCGAGACAUGAUAUUAGACUUGGUGAUAUCAUUGUCAGCUAUCCAGAUGGCACUUGCGGCGGCGUAAUUCAGUACGAUAUGGGGAAAAUGGUGAAAGGGAAACUCAUGCAGACCGGCUCGCUGAAGAGCCCACCGCGCUCACUGCUUACAGCACUCACAAACUUACAAGCAACUGCGUUAACUGAUGACCCGAAGUAUCUAAUAUACAUUGAGAAAGCAAUUUCAAGAAAUACACGGACGCGGAAAAACUUUGGUCGGCCUGAUGUGUCUACCGAUCGACUGUUCAAGGUACAUCAUGAGCAUCCUGAGACUGCACGAACUUGUGAAGGAUGUUUAAAAGAUUGGGAAGAAGACAGGACUCCACGUGGAGAGACCGAUCCACAGAUACACUAUGGCAUUAUUGCAUCUGGAAAUAUGGUCAUAAAACACGGAGAAACGAGAGAACGGCUGCGCCAGGAAACUGAAGCUCUCUGCUUUGAGAUGGAAGCAGCUGGCUUAAUGAUGGAUUUUCCAUGCAUUGUUAUCCGCGGAAUCUGCGAUUAUGCCGACUCACAUAAAAACAAUGAGUGGCAAGGGUACGCAGCAUUAGCUGCGGCAGCCUAUGCGAAAGAAUUGCUGAGCUACGUUCCUGCUGGGCAUGUAUCUCGAGAGAAGCUAGUCAUAGAAAUGUAUCAUCAGAUAUCUAAUGCCACCGAGGAACUCCAGAGAGUGGUCCAACAAGGAGAAAGUCAUCAUCGUGAGAACGUUGUAAGAGCUCUCACUCAGGAACAACAGGAAUGCCACCAAGCGUUCAAAACCACCACUUAUGAGCAAUAUAAAAAUAUCAACCCAAAUCGGGUAGAAGGAACAUGCCGUUGGGUCCUUGAGAAUCCUCAUUACCGUCGUUGGCGUCAAAGCAGCCAUAAUGAUCUGUUAUGGAUAUCCGCUGACCCGGGAUGUGGAAAAUCGGUUCUGGCCAAAUGCCUUGUUGAUGGCGAUUUGGAUACAUCCGAUUCAGUCUCAAUUUGUUACUUUUUCUUCAAAGACAACGAUGAUCAAAACAGUUUUACAACUGCGCUAUGCGCUAUACUCCACCAGUUAUUUGGUACGCAGCCAGACUUAUUGCGACAUGCCCUACCAGACUGGAGAAAAAACGGCAAAAACAUCCAGCGAGAGGCCGAUGCUCUCUGGCGCAUUUUCGAGGCCGCAUUCUCGGACGGCGCAUUCUCCAGCACAAUCUGCGUUAUCGACGCCCUGGAUGAAUGCCGGCCGAGUGACCAGGCAAAGCUACUCAACCUGCUGGCAAACUUCUACACUCAGAGCCAAUCACUGAACCGACGAAACUGGAUCAAGUUUCUUGUUACUAGCCGUCCAUACCUAGAAAUACAGGAAGGCUUCCAUUCAGCCACGAAGUUAUUUCCCCGAAUCCAUAUCCGCGGAGAGGAAGAGAAUGAACAGAUUCAUGAUGAAAUCAAUCUCAUCAUCAAGUUACGCGUAAGGGAACUCGGCCAGAUCGAAGGGCUUGGGAUACAAACGAUUCAACGAAUAGAGAAACAACUUCUCCAAAUGGAGCAUCGAACGUACCUCUGGUUACAAUUGGCUAUGGAUGAUAUUCGCAUCAUGUUGCGAGAUAGUCUUCGUCCGGAGGAGGAAAUGAUUCGACUAAUUCCCAGCUCUGUUGACGCCGCAUAUGAGAAAAUCCUAAGCCGCGCGCCGCCGGCCAGACAACUAGAGGUUAAAAUGAUCCUACAGAUUAUUGUCGGUGCGCGGCGUCCGCUAGAGAUUGAGGAAAUGGCGGUGGCAUUAGGGGUUGGCUUGGAAGUAACCAACUCGGCCGAUUUGCGAUCCGCAGCCACAUCUGGACUGAAAGUGGAGGGUUUUGCUGAGAAAAUUCGUCACUUGUGUGGACUUUUUGUGUUUAUCGACAAGUCAAAGAGAAUCUUUUUGAUACAUCAGACGGCAAGAGAAUUUUUGAUCAACAUCUCAGCAAAUGAUGAGCGAAUUCCAGCCGCACCAAAUCUUCAAUUCAAAGAGGUAGCUCAAGAUCGAGCCAGAAAAUGGUAUCAUACAAAUCUAACUGAGUCAAAUCUCCUUCUUUUCAAGAUUUGUCUGGCGUAUCUAACCGCCGAAGAACUUAGCAAAGGGAGCCAGGCAGUGUAUCGCAAAAACAAUCUUGGAUAUUUGGCUAGGGAUCUCCUAUCGUUCCAGGAUUUCUCUCACUAUUUGUUCCUGCGUUAUUCUUUUUAUGAAUGGAGAAAUCACACAGCCGCAAUUUCCUCAAGUCCGCCCAACGAUCUAUUGGACCUGGCCAUUAAGCUUUGCAUUGCGCCUAUAUUGCGAGAUUUAUGGUUAAUCGAGGCCGCUAUAAAUGGGCAAAGAGAUAUAGCUAUCAUGUUACUCGAAAAUGGCGCCAACGUCAAUAUCCGAGAUCAGUACGGCGAGGCACCUCUACACUGGGCAGUUCGGAAAAGGCACAUGGAAAUUAUCACAUUGCUACUUGAUAAAGGUGCCAAUAUCGAUAUUCUGGACAGGGAGAAAGGGCCGCCGCUUUGGAUUGCAAUUGAACUGGGAGACGCGGAAAUGGUGAAGUUUCUCUUUACACUAGGUGCUAAUAUCCACGCUUCUCCUGGGCCACGUGGCUGGACAGCGCUCCAUAAGGCGGUUUCGUGUCGAGCAGGAUCUAUGGUGAAACUGCUUAUUGAGUUGGGCGCUGACAAUGACAUCAAAGAGAGCACUACUGACGUUCCAUUGCUUUGGCUGGCUGCUGAACAGGGGUCAAAGUCUAUGGUGAAGCUACUCAUCAAACUAGGCGCCAACAUUGAUGCUAAGGACACAUUCCAGUUGACACCACUCUCGCGGGCUGUGAAAAUGGCGGAUGGAACUGCGGUCAAGCUGCUAGUUGAAUUAGGCGCUGAUAUCGAGGCCAAAUCUGGCUCUUAUGGGCAAACGCCGCUCUCAAUGGCUGCUUAUGAUAACAAAGAAGGAAUGGUGAAGUUGCUCAUUAAAUUACGUGCUGACAUUGAGUCCAAAGAUGAGUACCAUGGUAUGUCACCUCUCUGGUGGGCUGUUUGGAGAGGGCAUGAAGGCAUUGUCAAGUUGCUGGUGGAGAUGGGCGCUGAUACCAAAUUCAAGAAUGAAUAG